UGAUGACGUAGUGGGCGAGAAGAUCAUCGCAGGUGGAAACGAAAAUCACAGAGAGGAAGCUCGUUCGCAUAAGAAUAGCUCCUGUGCUGACAACGGACAACAUGCCAAAGAAUUAAUCGGCGAAGAAACGAGUAGCGGUAACGUAGAGCAGGACGAGAACGCAAUCAGCACGGCACAGGAGGACCACGACGCCAGUAAUCAACAUCUGCCCGAAGGAGCAGGAGCACCCGCGCCGGAGGGACCGUCGCGACGACCAAAUAAGGUGCCGCAAAUAUAUGCGGUUCAGACGAG